AUGAUCAAGCUGGGAGUGAUACUUGCAGGGUUCGUUCCAUCUUCAGAAACUCCUAAGAUUACCUUAGAGGAGAUCAGAGAAGUCCACUACAAGCUUUGUAAAGCCAUUGAAGGAAUCAACUCAUUCUUCGGGAUCCAACUGAUUUGUCUGUUCGCCUACAUCUUUGUCCUUGCCGUAAUCAAUCCGUAUUACAUCGUAGAUGGACUCAUCAGACCUCCGUCCAGUGGCUUUGACAAGUUUAUGAUUGUCAAGCAGAUAUCUUGGUGCUUGUUUGCUGUCACUUUGUUAAUUUCCAUCACUUGGGUCUCAACCUAUACCACUUAUCAUGUCAAGUUGGCUCUGAUGCAGAUCUCCAAUAACACAUGUGAAUUCAGUGUGCUUGACCUUUUCAAAAUUAACACAACCAACAUCACCUCAUUUGCAGGAAUGGCGGUCACAUACUUCAUCGUCAUUCUACAGUUUGAAAGCUCAAACAAACACUGA